GACAUCAAAAUUAGAAUAAAUAUGGCGGGCUGAAAAUCGUCAACAUGAGAACUCUGAAACAAAUAUAUUUUCCACAUUUGUUAAUUUAACUAGUGCGUAUUUUUCAAAGGUCGCUUCUUCAGCCUGAGAUGGAUUUGAAGUGGACGAUAUCCGAGGAGGAAAGAAGUCGCCACGAUGCCUUGUUUUACAGCCAAAAACCUCAAGAACGAUUCUUAUCAGGAGAGCAAGCCAGGUCUUUAUUUAUAAGAUCCAAACUGCCUCUACCAGAGCUGAGCAAAAUAUGGAAACUUGCUGAUGUUUCACGGAACAACAAGUUAGACAUUGCUGAGUUUGCUGUGGCAAUGCAUCUUAUUCAAAGCCGUCUAAAAGGCACAGAUAUUCCCCUCAAGCUGCCAGACACCUUAACUCCAAAGCAUCUACCUCAUGUAAGCAUUCCUGUUGUAUCUGAGGAGGAAAAAACAGCAUAUGAAAGAGCUUUCAGGUGGAAAAACGGUCAUAAGACAGGUUAUAUUGAUGCUGAAAGUGCUUGUUCUGUUCUCAUUGGAUCAGGCCUUCCAGAGGACAUUUUAGCAAGAAUUUGGAAUUUGUCUGACAUUGAUAGGGAUGGAAAACUCUCUCUUGAAGAAUUUAUUAUAACCCUGCAUUUAACACGAUUCUGCAAGAAAGGUAACUCCAUUGAGGGGAAUGUAAAUGUAAGGUCAAUUCUAUCAGAACAGCUGACAGAGGAAUGUUACGACAGCAAAAAACUGAGACUUGCUGAAGUCCAAACUGAGAAACGGAAACUUCUUUCAGUAAAGGAAAAACUCUGCCACGAAAUAGCUGGUGAUUUGGAAGAGGAGGCGAUGUCCCAGAAGAUACAGGACGAACUGGAUCAAGUUGAAAGACAAGUUUACGUUUUGGAAAAAGAGGAAAAUGAGCUGAGACGGGCGUUGCAAAAGCUUAACGACAAAUCGAAGCGAGAGAGCUUCAAGCCGUUUGACCGAAGUUUUCUGCUCAAACGCCAACCCACUGGUGAAGAUAUUUUCCGCGGAGCUUCCAAGAAGUAUAGAGCAACUGUUGGUGACAAAGGAGAUGAAGAAAUACUAAAACUGUGGAUAGAAGAUGGCGACCUGAAAGAUUUUGGUGCUACAAUAUCAUCAGAACCCUCAAUAACUACGUCACCCACUAAUAUCCGCCAGGAUCAGUCUGGGAGAAUUACGAUCGAGUUGAACCACAACCAUCAGUCUUGUAGCUCUGAUUCCUUCGAGCUGUCUUCAGGAUCGACGUCUCCGGCCACCAACGGUUUCGAAAAUAAAUUAGAUGCGAAAACAUCGCAUUCUGUUUACUCCAAUAACAACGAAAACGAAGACGGCGAGAAUAGAACUGAACGUCAUAAGUCGAGAAACGAAGAAAGUGCAGAGGAAGGUGAUAAAACAGUGAAAAAGAAAGGUCUUGCUCAUGUUGACGAGGACAAACAGUUGAACUUUAUAACAAACGACUCGUCACCAAGCAAUCUACAGCCCACAGUAAACGGUGGCACCGCCUCCGAAUCAACACAACAACGAGAAUUAUACUCAAACACUAUUGAAGACGGCUGCGGUGAGGAAAACACAAUGAAUGAAAACAAAACAGACGAUGAGAAGACAGGGGCAUUAAGGAUGGCAACACAAAAUGGCCUUUGUACAACGGACAGUGAAAAAGAGGCGUUAAGGCUCGAUGCUGGAGAGUUAAAAAGCAAACCAACAACACAAGGUUCACUUCAAACCCCAUUAGAGGAAACGAUUGAUGUUGUCACAGCACCUUCGGCUGAGUCAUCGGCCGCAUCUAGAAUGAAUGGCUUGCUUUUAAGGCUGGAAGAGGACAAUGGAAACCUAGUCAGAAACGAGAAAGAUAUCCAAAUCAGUAAUGGAGGAGGAACUUCACUGCGCAGUUUGACGCAAGAUGAACUCAUUCCCUUCGUUAUGGAAGAGAAAAAGAGAAAGGAUGAAGAGAUAGCCAAACAGAGAGAGAUAGAUGAUGAAAUGCGCAAGAAAGCUCGUGAAGAGCGUAACAAGCAGGAAGAGGAGCACAAAAAGAUGGCAGACCAAAGAAAGGCAAAGUUUGAAGAAGAGAGACAGAGACUCGAAAAGCAAACGGCUUUAACGCAAGAGAAACAGGAACUGAAGAAAGCUCCCCUGUCAAGAAGAGAAGCAGGAAAAAUAAUUGAGGAGGAGCUUGAACAGCAAAGAGUACGCGAGGAGUUGAUGCGUAUGGAAAACGAAAAGAUUAAGGAAAAAGAAAGGCUUGAAGUAGAAAAGCAGAAAUCAAAGCAUGCCAAAAAGGAAGAGCAUCCUUCGGCUUUUCACAACAAAGAUCUCGUGCAAAAACCAAUAUUCGAUGAGAAAAAGGACUUAAUAGAUGGUAGUGAUACACAAGGGCUAAGGAUCUCGUCCAAACGCGGUAGUGUCAUUGAUUUGAGUGAAGGCGAUGACAGUGUUCAUAAUGACGUCAGGAAACCACCUCUUGAGAAUAGAGCUUCUCAGGAGUCGCUGCAUACACAGCGCCAGUCACAAGCACAGUCUCGACCCCAGUCUCAACCCCAGUCUCAACCCCAGUCUCAACCCCAGUCUCGACCCCAGUCUCAACCCCAGUCUCCACCCCAACCACAGCCGGUUAUUCGCAGUACCAAAGAAAGCGGAAAGAUGACGCUGACUCGGAAGGCUGAAAAUCGGAAGAGCUUUGUUGAGCUGGAUAUAGAGCGACAGAAGGAGAGGGAAGAAGAACUUCGGAGAGAGGCAGAAAUCGCCCGUAGGAUUCAUUCGAAGAAACAGAUGGACACUAGUUGUAAAGAUGUCGAGGAAGUCGCGAAAACGAAAGAGUAUCGUCCUGAGUCUAAUGGUGUCGGUGGAAAAACGGCCCCAACGAAAAAACAGAUGGAGAUAGAGCCAGUUGUCCCGCAAACGAACACACAAACUGUUCAGUCGCCUCCUGUCGAUCAGGUUGAUGCUAAACAGGGUGCAGAAAAUGGAACAGAGAAGGAAGAAUCGCAAAGAAACGCAGAAGAAGAGGAAAAACGACGGAAAUGCGAGGAAGAGAAGGAACUUUUUCGGCAGAUGCAGGAGCAAGAAAAGAAAAGGCGAGAAGCACAAAAACCUGACCUUGAAAAGAUAAGAAAAGAAGUAGACCGAAAAGAAGCUGAGGAGUUGAUGCGUGUUAAGCUCGAAAAAGAAGAAGAGAAGAAAAAACAGCGUGAGGAAGAACGUAUAAAAGCUGAAGAACGCCAGAAAGAUAAAGUGGAAAGACAAAAAGGGCAGGAAAAAGAAAUAGAAUCCAGGAGGACGGCGUUUGCUGCGCAUAAAUUGAUCUUAGAACAGCGCGUUUUGAAAGCGUUGGAAGAAAGUAAACAAGAAAUCACCGUUACGAGAAGACGAGCUUCAAGCUUUGAACGCCCUACAGAAGGAUUUGACCUUGAUGAACUCUCUCCCUCAGCAGAAGGUCACUACGACUCUUCCAGUAGUGGCGUCAAACUUAGAAAAGCUAACUUUGAAAAUGCAGCUGUUAGGAAGGAUUCCAAAGAGGAGAUGCUAAAGAAGCGAUAUUCGCUCAAUCUUGACCAGUCUCGUCAGCCAAUCAACUCGGCUACAGACGCUUCCGUGAAAAGUAAGCAGCCAGGAUCUGUCAGUAAGAAAUACGCUGAUGACGCAUUCGAUAAGGGAACGCGGGCGCAGAUGGAAAGAGAAGAAGAGUUGUUGCGGCGAGUUGGAUGGAAAGCUCCUUCGAAUGAAGGCAAACUUACGAAAGCGAAAAGUGUUGGAGAUUUGUCAAUGAAAAAGGGACAAAACGAGGAUAAAAAGGCGGGCCCUGUUGUCCUACGAAGAGUUUCUUUUAUUAGAGAUGAUACCGAUAGUGUGGAUGGUAUUCCUACAUUUUCUGAUUCGAGGAUACAGAGAGAGCUGGAGGAACAGCGCAUGCGUGAAGAAAUUGUAAAGAAAGAGACCUCAGAAGCAGAGAAAAGGCAUCGAAUGGAAGAAGGGAAAAAGAAAGUUGUCGAAGUAGCCAGUAAUAAGAAAGAGAUGAGCUUGAAAGAGAUCAAGAGAAAUCCACUCCCCAACAAAAUUCAAGUUAAAAAACCGUCCAACCGGGACUCUCUAACUCACUCCAUGGCAACGCAUUGGGAGAAUAUGUUACAGUCUCAAGAAGGAAACGAAGCAAUCAACAAAAAGGAAGUAAGGAAAAGCAGGAUCGAGAUGGAAAGAGAAGAAGAAAGAAGAAGAGAAGAGGAAUUACAGAAAGAAAGAGAAAGAGUCAAGUUAGAAAUCAAACAGAAAGAGGAAGCGAAUAAAUCCGAGCAGCAGCGGAAAAUUGAAGAAGAAAUGGGGAGAAAGAGAAAGGCGAAAGAAGAAAAGGAGAAGCGUCAACAGCGGACCUCUGCGAUGAAAUCUAUGUUCGAGAAAAUGGGUGGGAAGAAAUGACCCGGAUUUAAAAUUCCUUUUCCUCAUUUUACUGUCAUUUCGUGCAGUAUAUCGUCAGCUCAGCCUGCCUAAUCAAACGCUUGCGCAGGGUCAGACUUGGCAAUUUUUGCGUAUUGUAAAGGGGUGGGGGGUUAUGGUCUGGUCACACGUGUUCACGGUAAAACAAGGCGCUUAAACAGCCUCGCUUCUAGUCUUUUUUCGACGUCGUAGUAUUUAACGUCAGUAAGUGACAACCUCGUUGUAAUAAGACACAGCUGCCUCGUUGCCAGACGUUAUUUUCUUGGCGAUAGUUACCUGAUGUCUAUAAAAUGUAGAGACCACCACACUUGGAAACUAGUUGCCAGAUUUUUGUGGUUAGACCAUGACCUGACAUUAUAUUAUAUUAUAUUAUAUUAUGUUAGUUGCGUUUAAGUUCGUUAAAGGAAAUUUAUUCGUUGUUUACCCAGUAAAUUCUGCGCGUUGCACUUUGUGUGGCCGGUAAAAUUUGUGGCAAAACCUAAUCGAAAUAAUUAUAUUCUGUAUAGCUUGGCAAGUUGACAUUUUAUGAGGGUAAGUUUGAUACAAUUUCUUUUGUAGGUAACGCAUUAACUCUUCGAGUCUGGGUUUAGUAUAGUAUUUAUAACGCUUAUUUAAUUUGUAUUUAAUUUUCGUUGAUCGCUAGUUUUUGUGACUGCAAAAUGACUCUUCUAAUGCCUUCGCAAGAUAUGACCAAUAUUUUCUCUUUACAGACGUCGAACAAUACUCUUCGCUUAUCGCUGGAAUUUUCAAAACGCAACAAUUUUGUAUGUAGCAGCCCUAAGAGUUACCAGCAUCUAAUUUCUCUUGACAAUAUUACUGCUAAAUCAUUUGUUAAGUUCAUGAGAAUACAGGAAAUGAUCGCCAACCUAAGAAGCUUAGAUCGUUAAACAAAUUCUCCUUGACCGUACCAAAGGAAAUGUAUAGAGAACAGUAUAGAGAAAAUGGAUUCUGAUGUAAGGGUGCGAGGGUCAAAGGUCGUUUAUCUUGUUUUGGACAUACUGAAACGUGUCAAUCCUUUCUUUUUGAGACUUAAAACACUUCCUCGUGUCAAAGGACGAUUUUUUCGUCAGCAUGAGUUAUGAAAAAGCGAAGACUCACUUUUUUGUAGAAUCGUAGCCCAAUUUAUACAUACAGAAUGAGAUUAUUCAUCAGCGUCGUCAUAGCUAAGUAUUUGAAAAAUACCCAAGUUUCCAUAUAUGCUUGCAGAUUUUUGUAACUGCAACGCAAGAUUUUCUCAUGUUGAUAUAUCCGGGAGAUUAUAAAUCAUUAAAAGAUUUUGACGUAAAAAGAGGUUAAUGUAGUACGAAAAAUUUUCUUAUAAUCUUUACCCCAAGGGUAAAUUGGGUAAUUAUUUUUGUAUAGUUAGACAAACAUACGAAUUUCUAUGCAUUGAAUAUAUAUUAGUUUGUGUUAUUAUGGCUAGGCUCAUUUGGUCCGACGCUUGUAUGUGAUAAGUACUGAAGUCAAUUGAAGAAAUUUACUCUUUAUUUGCCCUUA